AAGCGGGUGCGCAGGGGCAUGGCGUGCGGGCGAGCGAGACCCGGAGCCUCGCCGCGGAGCACCCAUAGUGACUGACCGCCUCCCAGCCCAUCCCUUCCCAGCUCAUCCCAUCCCCUCCCUGGGAAUCCAGGCACAGCCAGGACAGAGAAUGAAGGAAAUCUGCAGGAUCUGUGCCCGGGAGCUGUGCGGCAACCAGCGGCGCUGGAUUUUCCACACCACCACCAAGCUCAACCUCCAGGUGCUCCUGUCCCACGUCCUGGGCAAGGAUGUCUCCCGAGAUGGCAAAGGCGAGUUUGCCUGCAGCAAGUGCGCUUUCAUGCUGGACCGGAUCUAUCGCUUUGACACGGUCAUCGCCAGGAUCGAAGCCCUCUCCAUUGAGCGCCUACAAAAGCUGCUGCUUGAGAAGGAUCGCCUCAAAUUCUGCAUCGCCAGCAUGUACAGGAAGAAUAAUGACGACCCCGGCACCGAGGCCAAAGUAGGGAAUGGGACUGUGGAUAUUUCCAGUUUACCUGAUGUCAGAUACACUGCACUACUCCAGGAAGACUUUGCAUACUCUGGGUUUGAGUGCUGGGCAGAAAAUGAGGACCAGACUCAGGAAGCUCACAGCUGCCAUGCUUCAGAGGGCCCUGGAAACAGGCCCCGGAGGUGUAGGGGCUGUGCUGCUUUAAGGGUUGCCGAUUCUGACUAUGAAGCCAUUUGUAAGGUACCCCGAAAGGUAGCCAGAAGCAUCUCCUAUGGGCCUUCUUCUACCAGGUGGUCCACCAGUAUAUGUACUGAAGAGCCAGCCUUGUCAGAGGUUGGGCCUCCAGACUUAUCGAGCACAAAGGUACCAGCGGAUGGGGAAAGCAUGGAAGAAGGAACUCCUGGUUCCUCUGUGGAAUCUUUGGAUGCUACUGCACAGGCCAGCCUUCCACAACAGAAGGAUGAGGAACCCGAGAGAGGCAGUAAAGAACUCCCAAAGUGUGAUUGCUGCUCAGAUGAUCAGGCGAUCCAAUACACAUGUGGCCACAAGCUGGAACUAGCUCUUAGCAUGAUUAAAGGUUUUGACUAUAAGCCCAUCCAGAGCCCCCGGGGGAGCAAGCUUCCUAUACCAGUGAAAUCCAGUCCACCUGGAGCCAAGCCUGGCCAUCUCAUGGCAGAUGGAACCAGUCCCAAUUUCCUAAACAGGCCUGUGAAACCCCUUUCCAAGACACCUGUGGGCUAUUCCCUGGAGAUUUCUGAACUGCAGGAGCUGUGGGAUGAUCUCUAUGAGGACUAUUUGCCACUACGGUUCCAGAAUAUCGCUGAAGAGCCACUCCAGUCACCGGAGCUGAAUUCAAAUGAGGCCACCACGACCCAACAGUGUGUGCCUGAUUCUCAUUUGGCAGAACUUCAAGACAAAAUUGAGCAAACAGACGCUGCCAACAAGAUUCUACAAGAGAAACUGAAUGAAAUGAGCUGUGAACUAAAAUCUGCCCAGGAAGCAUCACAGAGGCAGGAUUGUACAAUUCAGAACCUCAGUCAGUCCUUGAAGAGCAGGGAGAGUGAGACUGAAGAGCUAUACCAAGUGAUCGAAGGUCAGAAUGACACAAUGGCCAAGCUGCGGGACAUGCUGCACCGAAGCCAGCUCGGACAACUCCAGCCCCCAGAAGGUGGGUCCCCAGCCCAGCAACAGCUGGCCCUGCUAGAUCUCCAGAAUGCCUUAUUCUGCAGCCAGCUGGAGGUUCAGAAGUUUCAGAGGGCAUCCCGACGGAAGGAACGGCUCCUGGAGGAUGCCAAGCGGAACCUUCAGUUCAUGGAGGCUGCAGCUCAGGGGCUGGAGCAGCAGACGGAAGCGUCACGGACCCACAAUCAGGAAUUGCGAAGUACCCUGCAGCAACUACAGGCAGAUUUACGCAGUAAGAACAAGCAGCUUCAGAUGCUGGAGGGUGCGAGGUGCCGGGAGACCCAAGCCCAAGAGCAGAGCGUUCAGCGUCUGAACCACAGCCUGCGUCAGAAAGACCAGCUCCUGCAGGAAUACCGAGAACUCAUGCAAUAUCAGAACAACUCAGAGAAGAGCCUUGAGGCGAAUGAAAUGAUGCUUGAGAAACUUCGACAUCGCAUCCAAGACAGAGAUGUUGCUUUAGAGCGGGCCAUUGAUGAGAAGUUUUGUGCCUUAGAAGAAAAGGAAAAAGAAUUACACCAACUUCAUCUUGCUGUGAGAGAGCGAGAUCAUGAUUUAGAGAGACUUCGCUGUGUCCUGUCUUCCAAUGAAGCCACCAUUCAGAGCAUGGAGAGUCUCCUGCAGGCUAAAAGCUUGGAACUGGAGCAGCUGUCAGUCACCUGCCGGAACCUCCAGUGGUUGGAAGAAGAAAUGAAGCAGAAAUUCAGCCGCUGGCAGCAGGAGCACGAGGGCAUCGUCCAGCAGCUGCAGACAUCUCUGCACGACAGGAACAAGGAAGUGGAGGAUCUCAGUGCAACACUGCUUUGCAAGCUAGGACCAGGGCAGAGUGAAGUUGCCGAAGAGCUGUGUCUGCGCCUGCAGCGGAAAGAAAGGCUGCUGCAGGACCUUCUGAGUGACCGAAAUAAGCAGGCUCUGGAGCACGAGAUGGAGAUUCAAGACCUGCUCCAGUCUAUGAGCGCCAGGGAGAAGGAGAGCCAGCUUGCUUUGGGGAAGAUGGUGCAAGCCUUGAUGGAAAGGAGCGCGGAGGUGCAGACCUUGCGCCAGCACAUCGGAGGGAAGAACCUGGGGUUCAGCACAAACCAGCCAGCUGAAGCUACCGCGUUCAUCGGCCACCAUCAUGAGGAGCGGCCUAUCCAAGAAUCAAUGCAAGGAAACAUCAAAGACGAACUUACUUUAGUGACUGCUAAAGGCGAUGCCAGCGCAUCCAGGCCUCGGUCAGGAAACACAGAGGCCUCUGCAGAGCUGGAGAGGGAACUGGUUCAUGCCAAAGAAGAACUUGAACUCAUAACAAGAAAAGAAAGAGAAAGGCGGAUGGAACUCUCCGCUCUCCAAUCCAUGGUCGCUGUGCAGGCGGAGGAGCUGCAGGUUCAAGCUGCUGACAUGGAGUCCCUGACCAGGAACAUGCAAAUCAAGGAAGACCUAAUCAAGGACCUUCAGAUGCAGCUUGUGGACCCCGAAGACAUCCCAGCCGUCCAGCGCCUGACCCAAGAAGUCUUGCUCCUUCGGGAAAAAGUAGCCUCAGCAGAAUCCCAGGGUCAGGAAGCAACCGAAAACCGCAGGCAUCAGCUGCUGCAGGUGAUGGAGGGGCUGGUGGAGGAGCGGGGCCGGCUCAAUGAAACCCUCCAAGCAGAGAGACGGCUCUACAGCAGCCUGGUGGAGUUCCACACGCAUCCGGGCGGCUCUGAGCGAGAUCAGGCCCUGCAGGUGGAGUUGGAAGGAGCCCAGGUGCUGCGCAGCCAGCUGGAGGAGGCUCUCGGAAGAAGCCUGGAGCGCCUAAGCAGGCUGGAGACCCCGGCUGCCUUUGGAGGCACAGCUGGGGGUGAGGACACGGAGGAUGCUAGCACCGAGUUCACUGACAGUAUUGAAGAGGAAGCCUCACGCAGUAAUACCCACCAGCAAUACAUCAAAGAGGCUUCAGAGAAAAGCCUGUGGACCGAGGAAACCCAACAUUCUAACCGAACUCCUCCUUCCCCAACCCGAGGAGACAAAAUCAGUGGCCUUGAGGAGGAAGUACUCUGCCUGAAGGCGGAGAUCCAUCAGCACCUGGAACAGAAGAGAAAAGCUGAAGGGGAGCUGAAGGAUCUGAAAGCCCAGAUCGAGGAAGCAGGAUUCUCCUCUGUUUCCCAUAUCAGGAACACCUUGCUGAGUCUGUGCUUGGAGAAUGCUGAGCUGAAGGAGCAGAUGGGAGAAGCAAUGUCUGAAGCCGGAGAAAUGGAGGAAGACAGGGAGAAGGAAGAAGGGCUGCUAGAGGAUGCCAGACGGGCUUUGAAAGAGGACAGCCUAUGUGCUGAGGUCAGAAAGCUGCACGGGAAGCUACGGAAUGCCAAUACCAUAAUCAACCUCCUCAAGGAGCAGCUGGCACUGAACAGCAAAGAAGGCGACAGUGGGCUGACUCCUCAGCUCAUUGUCCGCUUGGCCAAGGAGAUCAACCAUCUGAAGACGGAAGUUGUGUGGGCUCCUGGGAAGGCCUCGGCUCUAGGAGACCAGCUGCAAGAAGACAAGGCAUCAAAGAGGCCAUGUUCCAGACCCCAGACCCUUGACCUUGUGUCUGUCCUUGACUUAAAGCCAAAGGAUGGCUGCCAGGUGGACAGCCAAGGCCAGUUCAGUAGCAAUGGGUCACCAGCAGAAUCUAGUCCACAGGGGCCAACUCACCAGCUCCGCACCCAGCUGGAACAGUGUAGACAACGCUACCAAGAUCUCCAGGAGAAACUGCUGGUGUCCGAAGCUACCGUCCAAGUCCAGGCCAGCCAGCUGGAGCAGUACCGAGUCUUGUUUCGUGAGCCCGGGGUGAAACAGGACAGCAAGCAGGUCCAGGUGGAUCUCCAGGACUUGGGAUACGAGACGUGUGGCCGGAGUGAGAAUGAGGCCGAGCGAGAAGAAACCACCAGCCCUGAGUGUGAAGAGCACGAUGUCUUCAGCGACGCCAGGCUACCCGAGGGCUUACACUCUCAGUACAAUUUUCUGGGGUCAGCACUGACCAGUUCCCCUCUGAAGAAGCCCUUGGGGAAACAGAAGGAUUUCUUGGACUAUGGAAAAUCAGAGGACAUUGCUGUCCUCCAGCAGCACAUCAGAGACCUGAAAGCGAGGCUGCAAAACUCAGACAAGGUCAUCCAGAAUCUCAAAUGCCGAGUGCGCUCUUUCUCUGUCACCAGCGACUAUGCUUCUAGCCUGGAGAGGCCCAGAAAAAUGAAGCUGAAGGGUGGUGAUCUCACGUCCUCCCCAUCCCACAGCCUCACGGAUGAGGAUGAGGGGUGGCAAUCUGAUGGCAUGGGGGUCUUCUGCCCACCUGAGAUGCAGGCCAGAAAAGAUCUGGAGAAACUCAUCCAGAGAGUAUCCCUGUUGGAGGCCCAACUUCCGAAAUCCCAGGUGGAAGGGAAGCUGGCGGAGGAGCUGAAAUCAGCCACCUGGCCAGGGAAAUACGACUCCUUGAUCCAGGCUCAGGCCAGAGAGCUGUCCCAUCUGCGCCAGAAGAUACGGGAAGGGAGAGGUGUGUGCCAUAUCCUCACCCAGCACCUCAAGGACACUGUUAAGUCUUUUGAGGACCUCCUCCGAGGCACGGACAUUGACUACUACUUGGGACAGAGCUUCCGGGAGCAGCUUGCUCAGGGGAGCCAGUUAGCAGAAAGACUCACCAGUAAACUCAACACCAAGGAUCGAGGAAAGGUGGAUGAUCAUUCAAGCCACGAUCUACUGGCCCUCAGGCUCAGCAGGGAGCUACAAGAAAAGGAGAAAGUGAUUGAAGCCCUGCAGUCCAAACUCAAUGCUCGAUCCCUGACUCCCUGCAGCAGCCAUGCCCUCUCCGACUCCCAUCGCUCCCCCAGCAGCGCCUCCUUCCUAUCUGAGGAGAUGGAAGCCAGCUCAGACAUGGACGUGGCCAGCGAGUAUACCCAGUAUGAAGAAGACUGUGCCGACAAAGCUCCCACCAGCCUCCCGGACUCCAUCCAUCAUUCAAGUAACAAUGCAGCUCCUUCAUCUAACCCAUCCUCUGCCACUACAUCUCAUGGGGCUAAGAAGGAAUCCAGCAGCAUCCCCGCAACCAUGCCAUCUUCUCAGAAACCCCCCAAGGAGGCCAGCCAGGCACGUGCAGGUAUCAGUCCUUCCACUCCUGCCAUGCCAGCCCCAUUGCCUAGCAACCUUGCUGAAGUCGGUUCUCCCCACUGCCUGCACAGCCCCCACCGUACUUCUCAACCCCAUCCUCUGGGGAUAUCUGCAGAACUCUGCAGGUCAGCAGACUCAGGACUCCUUAGCAGCAGUGGCCUUUGGGAAACGAUUAGACCUCAGAAGGGAACCGCUUUGGGGGACCUGUCCCCAAACUCUGUGGUGUGCCAACCUCAAUCUAAACUCACAGCCGCUGCAAGCAUUUAUGUGUUGGAAAUCGGUAAAUGCCACAAUUCAUCUGGGAAAUUUGUACCCAUCUGCAAAUUUGGGGCUGACCUGUUGGAGGAACAUCUCAGUGAAAUCCGGAGCCUCCGCCAGCGUCUUGAGGAAUCUAUCUGCAUUAAUGACCGCCUUCGAGAGCAGCUGGAGGACAGGCUCUCCUCUACCACAAGGGCCAGUGGCUCCUCCACUAGUGUUUACAUGCCAGGUCUGGAGUCCAUCCCCCAGUUGUUCAACGAGAACAGAAUCCUCCAGGAAGAAAACCAAAACCUGCAGGCUCAGCUGAGCCACCUCUCCAAAGAUCAUGCUAGGGAGCUGGAGCGUCUGAGGGAGGCUCUGUUGGCCUCCCGUGCCCGACUUCAAGAGCUAGAGGCCGAGCUGGAGAAGCAGAAGGCAGAUCGGCGGCAGACUGCUGAGGACCUAAAGGAGAAGCAGCAGGAGGUCCUGCAGUUCCGCGAGGAGCGAUUCUCCCUGCAGGAGAAGAACAACAGGCUACAGCACAAAAUGAUUCUCCUGCAGCAGCAGUGUGAGGAGAACCAGAGGCUCUUCAAGUCCCUCCAGUCUGAGCUGCAGGUCUAUGAAACGCUCUAUGGGAGCUCCAAGCAGGUGCUGAAGGCUUACAGCUGGGACAUCUAUCACCAAGGGCCUCUGAGCAGCGACUUGAGCACCCUUGUGGCAGAGGUUCGGGCUCUUCGAAGUCAGCUGGAAUACAGCAUCCAAGUGAACAAUUCCCUGCGGCAACAGCUGGAGCAGCAGCUGGAUGGCAGUCCUGGAAAAGCCACCCUUGGCUCUUCCUGCAAGACCCAGGCUUCCCCAGCUACUAGCCCUGGGAACAAGUGGCAAUUCUUCCAAGAUUCAAUUUCUUCUCCUCCAGUUCGGGACGUUGGUAUGAACGUUCCAACUUCAGUCUUCUCCACAGCCACAUCCGGUGCUCUUGACCCAGAGACCUCCCCCUUCCACAGAACAAAAGGAUUGGGUUUGGAUGUGUCCCCUGGAAAGAAGAUCCCUCCCAUGCUGGAGGGGGAUGCUCCCGAUGGUUCAUUUGCCAACAAGCAUGGUCGCCAUAUGAUUGGCCAUAUUGAUGACUAUAGCGCCCUGAAGCAGCAGAUCCUGGAAGGACAAGUUCUGGUGCAUAAGAUGGUCUCUCUCAUUCAGGUCACUCUCAACUCACCCACCCUGGAAGCCCAAGGCACUCAGGUUGUCGCCUCUGAAAGCAUCCAUCAGCUCCGGGGCAGCACCAGCACCCUGUACCAGAUCUUGGAGGAAUCUGCCUCUCUCCUUACCAUGUUCUGGAGAGCAGCCCUGCCCAGUGCCCACAGCCCCACACAGCAGAGGAAAGUGGAGGAGUCAAUGAAAGGAGAAAUUCUAGAGCUGAAAACCAAAUUGUCUAAGCAAGAGACUCUCCUUCAGAGUACAAACGAACGCCUAAAGACCACCAACAGGCUGAAGGAGAACAUGGAGCAGUUCAUUAUCAACCAAUUAACUAGGACGCACGAUGUUUUGAAGAAGGCAAGGACAAAUCUUGAGCCCCUUCAGAAGAAUGCUUCCAAGAUUAAUUAUGUAAAGCUUCAUCCCUCUCCUAGUAAAGGUUAACUCCCAAAGAGUUCUGCCAUAUGCCCAGGUCAUGUGACCCCCUAUCUUCCAGGAGCCAGGCAGAAAGCGAAGCCAUCAGGGGUCCCUGAAGCAGCAGGAAGGACAUGCCUGUCCGUGAUCUCUCCAGUUACCUAACCGCACCUUUGGAAGCCGCACCGUGGGGCUCAGAGGACCUGGGAGCAGAAGACAGAGCAUUACCUUGCUGGAGGUGCAUGGAAAUGGAAGCAAGCCAGCAAUUCAGUAUUAUCGCCAUCCUGGCAGGGCCCACCUGGCUCUAGGCAAAAAUGUAGAAACUUAUUUAUGGGUGUAGAACCUAAAAUGCUGCUUCUACCUUAGCCUUGGGUCGUUUGGAUCCCGUCCCAAGGGAGCAGAAAGCCUAGAUGUCUGCAGCACAAGCUUCUCUCUUCAGUACCUGUCCUUUAAAUGUGUGAACUCAGGGGAAUCAUAGCCAUCCUCCCCGUGAAUGGGUAGCGGCAUGGCCCACAAGACACUGGACAUGAUAAUCCCUUAGGGAAGUGCAUAGAUCAGUGUAACUCUAGAAGAGUAUUUUCCAGUUAUGCAUGAGCAGUUGCAAAGGGCAGUUAAAAUACUGACCUAGUCCCCUUGCUGGUUGCUAUUCACAACUCUCCUCUCCCUGGAGCAGCCUCCUAUGGAUUGUUCAUGAGGGAUGGCUACAUGGAAAAAAUAACAUACAGAAAGUAACAUCCAGAACGGAAGUUUCAUCCCUGGAGGGAUCACCAUGGUGACUUGCCUGCUUUUGCCCUGGCAUGGAGAGAAAUGAGACGUAGAGGUCUUAAGCCGGAUUGUCCUCCUCACCUCGGAGCAGUGGCCUAAUAAAUGGCUGGAUUCCUGGACUGUUUCUCACCUUCUAUAUCUAAUCAUUUAAUUCUUUUUUUCCCCUCUAUUUUGUGAUAUACAAUUUUCACUUGAUUUGGUUUAGCUAUGAGAUGGUCUUUACUUGCUGUACCUUUUCUUUAUCCUACUUUCCCCCUCUUAGAGAACCGGGAAUAGCUGACCAGACACUGUCCAGCAAUGAGCCUCCAUUCUCAGCCCUCAGUUGGACAAAGUGAAGCCCAUUCUUAGGUGAAAUGCAAGAAGACUCCUGAUGUAGUGAACCUUCUUUGUGGCAUCUCAGUGCUUGUAGGAUAUGUGUGUGUAUAUAUGCUGCCACAGUGGCGUGAGCCACAGGACAGAUAGUCGGGGACAGGAGGGAGGCAGGAGAGAGAUGUUCCAGUCUCCUUAUUAGGCUGUCUUAUGUCUAAGGGGAGGAUAGAUUUGUGUGUAAGAAAUAAAAGUUUUUUUCUUGAA